AUGGCAGCUUACCUUAUAACCGGCCUCCUUCCAUCGCUUAUGAAUAAAGCCCUCCGUCGCUCUCGCAUCGGCUGAACUACACCCUCGAAGCCAUACCAUGAUGGACGCUGGAUACGAGGCGACUCCACCCCCCUCCGCUGGGAAGGACUGGAGCAGCUUCUGGCAGUACGUCGACCGGCCCAACCGGAUCGAGCAAGAAUCCGUUCCCCGCGACAUUCUGGUCGUCGGCGCCGGCAUUGCGGGCAUUGCCGUCGCUCUGGCUCUCUCGAAAGAAUUAACCCCCUUCAUCCCCGAUCUUCGGAUUACUGUCUAUGAACGACACGAUAUUUUGUCCACCUCUGGUGGUGCCAUAAACCUCACCCCCGUCGCCCAGCGGCAUCUCGACCGCCUGGGUGUUCUCGACGAGCUGGACCGGCUCGGACCCGAAUCCGGCACCGACGUUGAUGCUAUUGAACUCUACUCCGCCCGCUCGGGCCGCACCCUCGGUGCCAUCAAUUUCACCGACCAGAACGGUCAAGGGUUCGGCGGGUACAAGGGACGCCGAGUGAUGCGCAUCAUUCUUUCUCUGGCCAUGCUGAAGGUCAUCGAACGGACCAAAAAUGUGAACGUGGUUUUCGGUAAGAAGCUGAUACGUGGCAAGGAGACCAAGGACAAGGCCGUCCUGUACUUCCAGGAUGGAACCACCGCCACGGGCGACUUGGUCCUGGGCUGCGACGGUGUUCACUCCAACACCCGAACCCACUGGGUUUCCCCCGAAAGCCCGUCGGAAUACACAGGCAUUUCGUUUGUCCAGACCAUCAUCGACAGCAAGCACGUGAAAGCCCCCGUCCACUUCCGCUCCACAUCCAUGAACAUCUCCCGCCAUGGCUCCUUGCUGGCCAGUUACUGCGACCGGGACCACAGCCAAAUUUUCUUGGCCGCGAUCGUUCAGUUCCGGGAGGAUAUGCUUGGCCAUUACAAGAUCGAGCCGGGCCAGGACUGGCGGCGCACGGCCGCUAUUAAAGAUGCCCUGUGUCGAGAGAUGGGAGACCGAUUUGGCCGCUCAGGUCUGGCAUCGAUCCGAGACAUGAUCAGUGCUGCGGACGAUUGGAUGCUCUAUCCGGUGUGGCAAGUACGGCCGGGUGGAAGAUGGUUCCGCAACCGGGUGCUGCUCCUGGGCGACGCUGCCCAUGCGAUGCCGCCUCGCGAUGAGUCUGCCGCGUACGCCCUCGAUGACGCCAUUCUCUUCUCCCGGAUUCUCGCUAAGCACCGAUAUGAUCCUCUCACGGUCAGCUUCAAGGCCUACGAAGACCUGCGCCGGGGGACGGUCAACGCGGCGUUCCAGGUGUCGCGCCGGAUGUGGGAGAAGAACCGCGACAUGGGCUUCCUGGAGGGUCGCCUGAAGGAGUGGACGAUGCCGAUGCAGGUCCGCAACGCAAAAGAGUCGCGGGAGGCGGCGUGGGAGUUUGAUGCGACGAAGAUCCAGAUCCCGGGGCCGGAUGAGGCGUCGUCAUCGCUGUAUUCGUCCGAAAGGGACUUUUUCUAGAGGGUUUGCAUGGCCGGUGUUCAGGUUGGUUGGCUGGGUAAUUGGUUACGAAUUACGAUCUAUACAUACAAUUAUACAACAGGACAGCCUGCGGGCUGUUAUUUCGGCUUAGUGUUCAAUAAUAUCUCCUGUCUCGACGUACGUGCCCCAUACUACUACCGAGCAUUGUUCACCUGCAAGGAUUCGGGGAUCCUCCGGAUGGAUACCCUGCGCUUAAUCA